UUCAGUGAACGAUUUUCCACUGAGAAAAAAAUAGCUCUCUUACGUGGUCCACCAAUUUGCAUGAAUAAUCUGCAAUUCUCUCUCUGAAUCACUUGAGAAUUAUCAACACCAGGAAAUUGUUGAUACCAUGAGCAUGUGAUACAAGAAAUUUCGAGAAUAUUAGUGACAAGAAGAUUGAGUGAACGUCAGUCGACCAUUUGCCACUCGCACAAAGGACUCUCCCCCAUUCUUCUCAUUUUGUGCAGGAAAAAAAAAUCAGGACCUUCAGGGAAUAAAUCAGUGGGGACGUAAACUCGAGGUUAUGUCUGAAGAGCAUCAGUUGCCAUCGGAUUCAGAUGAGGACGACGAGGACUACGUGCCUGAUGGAGCUGAUGAAGCUGUGUCCGAGGCUGAAUCAGAAGGUGAUGCUGAAAGUGGUCCUGAAGACGAGAACAACGAAAAUGAGCAAGUGACGACGAAAAAGGGCAAGAAACGGGGCAGACGAUGUAAAAAGGAAUCUAAGCGGAGGAAACGUUCUGUAGUUGAGAAAGAAAUCCUGGAGACUGAGGAGAAGAAAGAGGAGACUAAGGCAUUGACUGAGGAGGAGGAGAAGCAACGAGCUGAUUCACUGUGGGCUGAUUUCAUGAAAGAUACAGGUACAAUAUCAAGGCCAAAACCGCAGAAUUUCACAAAUGGUGUAACAACUGCCGCCCCAACUCGUCCAAAGCCCGAAGAGAAGGUAAAAAUAACAAAAGUCUUCGAGUUCGCAGGUGAAGAAGUAAAAAUUGAAAAGGAGGUGUCAGCAAACUCGGCAGAAGCUCGUUUAUCCCUUCUCUCAAAGGAGAAGCCCCAGACGAUGCCAGUGGCUGCCGCAAAGCCGUCGGCACGUGGCGGAGGGGCCAGACGAGGUGGCCUCGGUGGUAUUUCCUCUGUCCUCGGUCAAAUUGGCAAAAAAACAAAGAUCUCAACCCUAGAAAAAUCAAAACUCGACUGGGACAAUUUCAAAAAACAAGAAAAUCUCGAUGAAGAGAUAACCAACCACAACAGAGGCAAAGACGGUUUCCUGGAACGUCAGGACUUCCUCCAACGGGCGGACCUGCGUCAAUUUGAGAUUGAGAAGCAGUUGAGGACGACAGUUCGACGGAACAAUCGCUGAAAGGCCCGAAAAAUCCAGGGUAAAACCAAAAUCACGAUUUAUAUUCAGCGAAUCGUUCGAUUUUCGACUUCUCUGACUCAUCAAAUCCAGGGAAAUGUCACGAAUCCACGAACUGCCCAUUUAGAUAGGAGUAUUGAACCAUUCCAAUGCAUCGAGACUCAGUAAUUUCAUUGAUUAAUCUUCGUAAUUCAACAAAUGCCAAAUUGAAUGAAUGAUAGUUUCUGCACUCGUCUCGUCUUGUUUGAUGUUUAGUAUCCCUCUUGAUAUUUUUAACAGUCGAAAACGCAUGAGAUGUUGCAAUUACUUAACACACUCAGGUGAUAAUGAUUCUGAUGCCUACAAGACUAUGCUUACCAUUGAACUGAACAGUAUGUACGAAAUAAAUACGAACAAAUGUGUAAAAAUUGAAA